GGGCAGACCCUGACAGAAGGGGCACAGGGCUGGGUGUGGGUUCACCGUUGGCAGGGCCAGGUGAGCUAUGUGGCCUCAGCUGCUCCUCUUGCUGUUGGCCCCACGGAGUGGGCAUGGCUGCCAGGGCCCGGAGCUGGACCGGGAGCUUGUCCUGGCCAAGGUGAGGGCUCUGUUCCUGGAUGCCUUGGGACCCCCGGCAGUGACUGGGGAAGGUGGGGAUCCUGGAGUCAGGCGUCUGCCCCGAAGACAUGCUGUGGGGGGCUUCAUGCGCAGGGGCUCUGAGCCCGAGGAGGAGGAUGUCUCCCAGGCCAUCCUUUUCCCGGCUACAGGUGCCCGCUGUGGGGACGAGCCAGCUGCUGGAGAGCUGGCCCGGGAGGCUGAGGAGGGCCUCUUCACAUAUGUAUUCCGGCCGUCCCAGCACACACGCAGCCGCCAGGUGACUUCAGCUCAGCUGUGGUUCCACACGGGACUGGACAGACAGGGGAUGGCAGCCGCCAAUAGCUCUGGGCCCCUGCUGGACCUGCUGGCACUAUCAUCCAGGGGUCCUGUGGCUGUGCCCAUGUCACUGGGCCAGGCGCCCCCUCGCUGGGCUGUGCUGCACCUGGCCGCCUCUGCCCUCCCUUUGUUGACCCACCCAGUCCUGGUGCUGCUGCUGCGCUGUCCUCUCUGUUCCUGCUCAGCCCGGCCCGAGGCCACCCCCUUCCUGGUGGCCCACACUCGGGCCAGGCCACCCAGCGGAGGGGAGAGGGCCCGACGCUCCACCGCCCCUCUGCCCUGGCCUUGGUCCCCCGCCGCGCUGCGCCUGCUGCAGAGGCCCCCGGAGGAACCCGCUGUGCACGCCGACUGCCACAGAGCUUCCCUCAACAUCUCCUUCCAGGAGCUGGGCUGGGACCGGUGGAUCGUGCACCCUCCCAGUUUCAUCUUCCACUACUGUCACGGGGGCUGCGGGCUGCCGACCCUGCCCAACCUGCCCCUGUCUGUCCCUGGGGCCCCCCCUACCCCUGUCCAGCCCCUGUUGUUGGUGCCAGGGGCUCAGCCCUGCUGCGCUGCUCUCCCGGGGACCAUGAGGUCCCUACGCGUUCGCACCACCUCGGAUGGAGGUUACUCUUUCAAGUACGAGACAGUGCCCAACCUUCUCACCCAGCACUGUGCCUGCAUCUAAGGGUGUCCCGCUGGUGGCCAAGCUCCCACAGGCACCAGCCUGGAGGAAGGCAGAGUUCCCACCUCCCCUUUCCUUCCGCCUCUCCGCCUGGAGGCUCCCCUCCCUGUCCGCCCCUGUCCCAUGGGUAAUGUGACAAUAAACAGCAUAGUGCAGAUGACUCGGUGCGC